UCCCUUCCUUCCACAAAGAGCGGAACGUACCCUCCCCUCAAAGAAUACGGGAAGCGAUGACUUUUUUGGUCGGCAAGUCCGACCAGCCCCCCUCAUUUGAGGAAUUUAUCAUAUAUUCUAUAGCCUUUAAGAAAAAAAUUAAAUAAUUUUGAUCAAGAAAAAAGAAAUAUAAAGACCAGAGACCCAAAGAUUUCUAAGCCGUCCACCUCUGUCUCUGUCUCUCUCUCUCUUUGUGAGAUCUUUCUCGGUGCUCGGCAUGAGGUUCUCGGCCUUCUUCUUUGACGGCGCCACCCGGGCCUUCCACCACCGCCCCAACUUCACGAAGCUCGUCGUCAUCUUGGCCGCCAGUGGCGGAGGUCUUGUGGCUUAUGCUGACUCAAAAUCAGACCAUGCCAUUGAAUCAUCUGAAGUAGCACCCAAGAAAAAGGUGGUAGUUCUUGGUACUGGUUGGGCUGGCACAACUUUCUUGAAAAACCUAGAUAGCUCAUUGUAUGAUGUACAAGUGGUGUCACCUCGUAACUACUUUGCAUUUACCCCUUUGUUACCUAGCGUCACAUGUGGAACAGUUGAACCACGCAGCAUUGUUGAGCCAAUUCGCAAAAUAAUAAAAAAGAAAGGAGGAGAAAUAAAAUUUUGGGAAGCUGAGUGUUUCAAAAUUGAUCCAACAAACAAAAAAGUCCAUUGUCGAUCUAAUAUUGGCACAAAUUUGGAUGGAAAUGGUGAAUUUCUUCUCGAUUAUGACUAUCUGGUGAUAUCAAUUGGAGCCAGAGCAAAUACAUUUAACACACCUGGUGUGGUCGAACAUUGUCACUUUCUGAAGGAAAUAGAGGACGCUCAGAAAAUUCGUAGGAGUGUGAUGAACUGUUUUGAGAGGGCCAGUCUUCCAAACCUUGAUGAAGAAGAGAGGAAGAGGAUUCUUCAUUUUGUUAUUGUUGGUGGUGGUCCAACUGGUGUUGAAUUUGCUGCAGAGUUACAUGAUUUUGUCUCCGAAGAUUUGCGUAAGUUAUAUCCUACUGUUCGAGACCUGGUGAAGAUAUCAGUUAUCGAAGCUGGAGAGCAUAUCUUGACCAUGUUUGACAGAAGGGUCACUAAAUUUGCUGUGGAGAAGUUCCAAAGAGAAGGCAUCGAAGUGAAAACAGGAUUUAAGGUUGUGGAGGUGUCGGAUAACAACAUCACAAUGACAAAUGCAUCGACUGGAAAAAUGUCUGUACCAUAUGGAAUGGCUGUCUGGUCUACUGGUAUUGGAACACGCCCUGUCAUAAUGGAUUUUAUGAAACAAAUUGAUCAGGUUAACAGGCGUGUAUUAGCAACUGAUGAGUGGCUGAGAGUCUCUGAAUGCGAUGGUGUAUAUGCUCUUGGUGAUUGUGCCACCAUAGGUCAGCGAAAAGUCAUGGAAGAUAUAUCAUCAAUCUUUAAGGUUGCAGACAAAAACCAUUCUGGAACUUUAACUGUAAAAGAAAUCCAAGAUGUUUUAGAUGAUAUUUGCAUAAGGUACCCUCAGGUGGAACUCUACUUGAAAAGCAAGCAAAUGAGUGACAUAGUUGAUUUAAUUAAGGAUUCCAGAGGUGAUGUUCAGAAGGAAUCUGUAGAGCUGGACAUAGAAGAGUUCAAAAAAGCUCUUGCAAAUGUAGAUUCACAGGUCAAAAAUCUUCCAGCAACAGCUCAGGUUGCUGCACAACAAGGUAAUUAUCUUGCUCAAUGUUUUAACAAAAUGAAGGACGCUGAUGAGAAUCCUGAAGGUCCACUGCGCAUGAGAGAAUCAGGCCGUCAUCGCUUUCGUCCCUUCAGGUAUAGGCAUUUUGGGCAAUUUGCCCCAUUGGGUGGAGAACAAACGGCUGCACAACUGCCAGGAGAUUGGAUCUCUAUAGGCCACAGUAGCCAGUGGCUCUGGUAUUCUGUGUAUGCAAGCAAGCAAGUCAGUUGGCGCACAAGGGCAUUGGUAAUUUCUGAUUGGAUGAGGCGAUUCAUUUUCGGGAGGGACUCGAGUUGCAUAUAAUUUGGCAAGAAAGGCCAAAACUUGUAAAGAAAGCUUUGGCUAAAGAUUCCGCAAACUACACAAAAAUCAGAUCCUGAAUUCAUCUAAAUUGCUUUUCAAUUUCUUGAGACCACAAGCAAGCUCUUGUUGGCAAUUUUGAGUAUAGCUAUUCUUGUUGUAUGUCAGAAUAAAAAACGAAGUGUUGUUUGAGGAUUGUAUCCUCUUUCAUUUUUCCUGUUACAUUAUUUACUCUGAGACUACCCAUUCUUGAUAAGUUUUCGUGCGCAAUCUCUUGCUGUACAUUGUUGACAUAUUCCCUUUUUGUGUAUUAUGGAUACUUUUAUUAGGACCAGUGGCUUGGUCA